CUCUCACAUCCUCACCGCCCGCAGAGGAUGAUGGAGAAAACCAGUCACAUCAACAUUGCAAUGAUAGAAGACAUCGGUACUAACGGGAUGGCCGUGUCAAAGGUCGGCACGGGCGUGGACGGGACGAAACAGCGGUGCGGUUCCACCGUGAGCUUCCACAACAUCCAGUACAAAGUGCAGCAGCAGAGCGGCUUCCUCUGCAAAAGAAAGAUCCUCUCCAAGGAAAUACUGGUGGACCUCAAUGGGAUUAUGAGACCUGGUCUGAAUGCUAUUCUUGGACCUACUGGAAGUGGAAAAUCUUCAUGUGAAGAUGUGGUCAUGGGCACCCUGACCGUGAGGGAGAAUCUGCGUUUUUCUGCCGCUCUGCGACUGCACGUCUCCGUGCCUCAGGUCGAGAAGGAGGCUCGAGUCAAUCACCUCAUUAAAGAACUGGGUCUCACCGAAGUGGCUGACUCCAAGGUGGGCACGCAGAUGACCCGAGGAAUCUCAGGAGGAGAGAGAAAGAGGACAAACAUCGGCAUGGAGCUGAUCAUCGAUCCUGCUGUCCUAUUUCUGGAUGAACCGACCACCGGGCUAGACGCAAGCACUGCUAACUCUGUCCUGCUCCUGCUGAAAAGAAUGGCGAGUCAUGGUAGAACCAUAAUUAUGUCCAUCCACCAACCUCGCUACUCCAUCUACAGACUGUUUGACACUCUCACACUGUUGGUCGGUGGUAAAAUGGUGUACCACGGACCAGCACCAAACGCUUUGGAAUACUUUGCCAACAUCGGCUAUGCCUGCGAGGCCCACAACAACCCAGCUGACUUCUUUUUGGAUGUGAUUAACGGAGACUUCACCGCCACAGCAAUGACCAAAGUGCACGGCUCUGAAGAUUUGGACUUCAAGGAGCUCAGUAGCUCCAGGCAGAGCAUCGAGGAGCGCCUGGUGGAUGAGUACAGGAACAGUGGUUACUCCAGCAACACACGAGCUGAACUGGAACGCAUUGUUAAAGAUAAGCGCUGUGGGUCCCUCCCAAAGUCCCGCACCAUCACCUACAACAGCUCGUUCUUUCACCAGCUACGAUGGGUCCUUCACAGAACAUUUCAGAACCUCAUGUUGAACCCCCAAACAUCUGUGGCCCAGCUGGGAGUCAACGUUUUCCUCGCUCUCAUCGUGGGAGCCAUUUUCUUUGGGGUCAAAGAUGAUCAGAGUGGUAUUCAGAACAGGAUGGGCGCCCUCUUCUUCAUCACUACCAACCAGUGUUUCAGUACUGUGUCUGCUGCCGAGCUCUUCAUCACUGAGAGGAAACUCUUUGUGCACGAGUACAUCAGCGGCUACUACAGAGUGUCUGUCUACUUCCUUUCCAAGAUCCUGUCUGAUAUCGCUCUGCGCACCGUCACCUCUGUUAUCUUCAGCUGUGUUGUCUAUUUUUUGAUUGGGCUCAAAUCCACAGCAGAAGCCUUUUUUGUCUUCAUGCUGACGGUGACUCUGGUGGCUUACACAGCCACAGCCAUGACCAUGGCCAUCUCAGCUGACCAGAGUGUCGUGGCUCUUGCCAACAUCCUCAUGACCAUCACCUUUGUCUUCAUGAUGAUUUUUUCAGGACUCCUGGUGAAUCUACCCAGCACCAAAGACUGGUUGGCUUGGCUGAAGUACUUUAGUAUUCCUCGUUAUGGUCUUGCAGCCUUGAAGAUAAACGAAUUUGUGGGUCUGAGGUUCUGCGAAGAGGUUGUAAUCCGAAACAGCAACAUGUCAGCUAUGACAGCCAACUGCACUGUGAAAACAGCUGGCCAGACAUGCACAGGAGAGCAGUAUCUGGAGUACCUGGGCAUAGACUACACCUGCUGGGGUCUGUGGGAGAAUCAUGUAGCUUUGACUGUUAUGAUGAUCAUAUUUCUCAUCAUUGCCUAUCUGAAGCUUCGCUUCAUCAAGAAAUUUACUUAAUGCGUUAUCUGUUUUUUACUUUAAUGUACCAGCACUGAUAGAUCUUGUGUUCAGAAAUAGCACAAUUAAAGCUACAUUUAUAUAUUGGGGGUUUAGUUUUAUUUUACACUGCCCUCAUAUCUUUAGCAUAUAAUGAAGCCAAAAGAAAGUUAGAGUACAAGUGCAAAUACUGAAAUAAAAAGCUGAAAGCAGCCGAAAACAGCUAGCUAAACUUUUCUAGAGUUCACGUUUUCACCAUUAGUCUCCCUGUAAAGCUCAUAAAAUCUUAUUGUGUGUUGUGUUCAGCUGCUCAUUAACCCUUUUACG